CGGUGUCUUCAUUUAGUUCGGAUGAAGGCGUUCCAAGAAUCGGUGGCAUCGUCCUCUUGUGUUUGGGUUGAUGGACAACUAGUGAUGGCUGAGGAGAAGCUAGAACCCAAGCUAUGUGGCGUCUGCUCUGACAAGGCCUUUGGAUACAACUUUGGGGCAUUGACGUGUGAAAGUUGCAAAGCAUUUUUUCGCCGUAAUGCUCUCCGAAAUAAGGAAUUCCGAUGUCUCUUCAAGAAUGACUGCGAGGUGAACACAAGGACAAGACGCUUCUGCCAACGAUGCCGUUUGCAGAAAUGCUUUGCCUUAGGUAUGAAGAAAGAAUGUAUAUUAACGGAAGCAGAGAAGCAGGAGAAACGAGCCAAAAUUGAAGAGAACCGUCUAAAGAGGGCCUUUCGAAAUGAAGAUGGUAUGCCGGACACGCCUCUUUCGUCUAUAACAGAUGAAGAGGAUGAACCUCCACCAAAGAUAGCACACACGGCAGACCCUCAAGUCAAAUCUGAACCUGAGGAUCACCUGGAGUCCCGUAGCUUGGAUGCCUUAAGAGUGACGUGUCGUAAGCAGUGGGAAAAUGGUUCUCAGCUUGUCCGGGAACGUGCUGUCCGUAGUCAGUUUCCUCACAUUGAAGGCCGUACCCUUACUGAGCUGGAACUGACACGAAUACAGGAACUGGCAACAGCAAAUGAAGUGCUCAAACUCCCACUGGCAUGUGACCCAGAUCCGAGUUUGGUAGAUGUAAUCAACAUGACUGAUCAUGCCAUCCGAAGGCUGAUUAAGAUGUCCAAACGGAUUGCAGCAUUCAAAACUUUGUGUCAAGAGGAUCAGGUAGCUCUGCUUAAAGGUGGAAGCACAGAAUUGAUGCUGUUGCGUUCGGUUAUGUCUUACGAUGCAGAGCGGGAUUGUUGGAAGGGACCCGACCCACGGUUAAUGUCCAUCAAGUUGGACAUCUUGAAGGAGGCUCGGGGAAAUGUCUACGAAGAGCACAAGCGAUUCAUCAACGCUUUUCGUCCCGAAUGGCGCGUAGAUGAGAACAUAAUGUUGUUACUCAGUGCCAUAACGUUGUUUACACCUGAGCGUCCCAACCUUGUGCAUCGUGAUGUGGUUAUGUUUGAGCAGGACACUUAUCUGUACUUGCUACGGCGUUAUUUGGACACCAUUUACACAGGCUGUGAGAGUCGAUCCGUCUUCCUGCAUCUAAUGCGCAAUCUAGAAGACAUGCGAACUCUCAAUGAAAAUCAAGUUAGCAUUUUGGUUGAUCUAAACCCUCGAGAAGUGGAACCUUUGCUCAUUGAGAUAUUUGACCUCAAAUGAGGUCAAAAUCUGGCUCUCAUUAUUGAGUUGUGUGGGGGGCUGAAUGAAUGCAGUAAUGACCAAAUAAUUGCUUUAGAUUUUAUUUUGUUUAGUGCGGUCAACUGUGAAACAGUGUUGAUAGUUUCCGUUUCAGGGAUGUGUUUCAGGCAUGCAAAACAGAUUUUCCUUUUCUGGU